UAGAUUUAAAGACAUUCUUUUUGUUGUUUUCAGUCGCUAUGGUAAUAGAUUAAAAUAUGAUAUUUUUCUACAUCAAUAUAAUCUAGUUUAUUAAAUUUAAAUGUGUUUUUUUAUUGCUAUUUGUUUGUUUUAUCUUUAAAUCUUUUUUGAUAAUUCAGGAGAUAAUUAAGUGCUUUUGAAAUUGAAAUCUGAUUGUUCAGUGCUAAUUUACCCCUUUUCCUUUACUUAAACACGAGUCUUUUUAAACAUAUAAUUUACUUUGUAUAUAGUUGUAGUGGCAAACAAUCUCUAGCAAUGCUGGAGCUUAUUUGGGUUGUAUUAUGUUUGAAUUGUUGCAUUGGUGUGCAUAUACCACAAGAUAAAUUAAAGAAACAGCCAAUUAGUGUUUGUCAAAAGUUAAAUAUAGACAACUUGUUUAUUCACAAAGCUACUGUGGAUAAAAAACUUCAUAAUACAAUAAAUAUUGUCAAACACAAUAAAAAGAUAUCUAACAAAGCAAAACAAUAUCGAUUGCAAGCUAUUAACGUGUUCCAAAGAGAGAUGAAUGACUCUGUGACAUCAUUGUACAAUUCAGUCGAAAAUUUAAAAAGCUUCUUGAAGGGAGACUUCCGCUCUAUACAGAAACUGAAAGAAACUAGCAAAAAGAGACUAGAGCAGUUAAAGACCUCCAUGUUAAAAGCAGAAGAAGAAUUUAAUCAGAUUAUAGAAGCUGAAAAAGAAGAACAAACUGAGACAAUGAAAAAUAAAAAAAAUAAAAAUUACGAUACCGUUAUCAAAAAAUUUGUUCACGACAUGAUAGGUGAUGUUGCGAUUGCAGCGGACAAAUUAGAAGGUGAAUUAAACGCAGAUUCUUUCGAACAUGGAAUCAGGGAACAAAAUGGCAAAAUUGACAUUGAAACUGUGAUCAAAGUUGGAGGAAAAGAAAUGGAUGGUGGUGAGGACACGGAGGGUGUGAUUAUGCUUAUUGAUUCUGAAUCAAAUCACUUUGUGUUGGCAAAACCAAAGGAUAGCACUAUCACACAUGUUGAUCACAUUUUUUUAAAAGAAAUAAUGUAUCUGCUUAUGUUGUCAUUUAUGUUUACACUGGUCUGCAACUUGUGUAAACUGCCCAGCAUCUUUGCAUGCAUUCUGUCUGGUGUUAUACUUGGUCCAUCUGGGUAUGGGUAUAUAAAGAGUAUCGUUCAAAUUGAAACCAUUGGCGAAUUUGGUGUCUUCUUUACUUUGUUUUCCGUUGGCUUGGAAUUCUCACCUGACAAAUUAAGAAAGGUAUUGCGUGAAGCUGUAACUGGAACAAUUUCAACAAUGCUUUUGUUUGUUUUAAUUGGACUGUUCUGGGGUACAGUGUUUGGUAUUUUACCCAGACAAAGUUUUUUUGUGACUUUAUGCUUAUCCUUCAGUAGUACGCCCAUGGUGUCAAAGUUCCUUGAUAAUUAUAAAAAGUCAAAAAAACCAUCACAAGAACAUGAAAAUGGCAUUAGUGAUGACUAUUGGAAUCUGCUUUUCUCUAUGUUGUUUCUUCAAGAUUCUUUACUUGGGCUUUUUAUGGCUGUUCUUCCAAUCCUUGCAGGCCAUGCAGAGAAAGGUCAUUCGUUUGCGCAUGUACCAGUAAACAGAGCCUUACAUGAUUGGUUCCAUGGUACUUUCGGAGGUCCCGCCGAAGAACUGUUUUUUACUCUUGUUGAGCUGGCUUUUGCUCUGAUGGGAAUAUGUUUUAUGGCGUUUGUUAUAUCCAAAUAUCUAGCAGCUAAAGUAUUUAGGGGUUUAAGUUUAUUUGGUUCACAUGAAACUUUGGUUUUCGGAAUUUCAACUUUAUUAUUCACCAUCACCAUGCUUACUGAAUACUUUGGUGUGUCGAUGGAAUUGGGUUGUUUCAUCUGUGGUGGGAUUGUUGGAACUAUGGGUGAGCAGACUGUUAAACAGGUAUCGGUCAUAGUGGAGCCGCUAAAAGAUUUUUUUGCAGCACUGUUUUUUGCUUCUAUUGGUUUCCACAUUUUUCCUUCAUUCGUUUUCUCUGAGAUAGCUAUAUUCAUUCCAAUUACGCUCCUUGUAAUAUCCACGAAGUUUCUGCUGACGUCAACAGUUUUGCAUCAACUUCUACCAAUUGGAAAUCAGUCCAAAUGGCUAGUAGCGGCAGGUUUGGCACAGAUAAGCGAGUUCUCGUUUGUUUUGGGUAGUCGAGCCAGAAGAUACGGUUUGAUAGGCAGAGAGGUGUAUCUUACCAUUUUAUCAGUAACCACGUUAAGUUUAUUUCUGUCGCCACUGGUAUGGAGAACGGUGCACUCCUCCGUUCUUCAUAAACACUCCUGGAAUAUGAAAUCGAUUAUCAAGAGAUUAAAGUUACCACAUUAAAAGAAUCGUAUGUGUUUAUUGCAUGUUUAUAUUUAUUUAUUUAUAUAUUUUUACAUAUUUUGUAUUAGGUAGUAAAUAUUUAAAUUUUGUUAAAAAAAAAUAUCAGUGAAUUUC